AUGACGAAAGAUGAAAACACUUCUAGAGUUAUCAAUGCUGACAACACUACUGGUAUCAACACCAUAGUUCAAUUCAACCCCGCUUCCCAACUGCCAAUCAAACUUAGUGGCAGUCACAAUUUUUCCACUUGGAAAGCUCAGUUCUCCAUUCUUAUGCAUGAUCAACUCAUUCAAAAUGCCCUUAUGGCAUCUGUUGAUCCUACCAUUGCCUCCAUAGUUGUUGCUGCCAACAAAUCAAAACAGUCAUUUUCGGAUGAACUAGUCACUGCUGGUGCCCCUGUUACUAACUCCAAACUCAUUGUCAAAAUCCUUAGUGGACUUGGCCCUGAGUUUCGCGAGAUCUCGGUUGCUAUACUUACACAUGACACCAUAGUAACCUAUGAAGAACUGUAUGAGAAGUUUCUUGACCAUGAGCUCUUUCUCCGUCAUGAGGAGGCUAAGGAAAUGUAG